CUAACUCUUAAGGUAAAUUUCCAAACAGUUGCUGAUUUACAUUAGUGAAGGUAGUUUUCUUUCUUGGAAUUCUAGUUCUUCCCUACAUGAUGAAUCAUGAGGUCCAGUCAAAAAAGACUUAAAUAGUAUUGUAUAUUAAGGAAAUAAGUCACAAAGCUGCCUUUUAGAUUUCUAAGUUGGUAAAUUGGAAAUUUAUUGUACACAUAUUAAUUUACCUGCAGAAUAUGCACAGUAUAUUAUAAUCUCAUACCAUACUUAAGGAGUCUUAGAAAGAUAAAUUACUUUGAAUUAACUGGGAAAUAACAGUAUUUCAAAUUAGAUGUGAUUUUGAGUAAACAUCACCUUUGAAAGGUUUUACUGAAGUUGGGAUCUUAAAAUCAUAAAAAUGUAUUGGGAUGAACAUCUAAUUAUAGGUAAAUGUGAGCUGAACAGUUCCAUAAAAGGUAGGUAACUAUAAAUGUAUUCUACGUGACAGAAAAAUAAAAAAAGGAAGACUUCAGAGAUGAGCUAUCUUGAUAUUUUUAUCCAGUGUGUAGGGUGGUACACAUACAUCACAGCUAUAAUAGAGCCAUCUCUUGGUUCAUUUUUUAAAAAUACAGAACUAGCAGUUCUGUCUUAAGAGCUCCUCUGUACUUGGUUUUCAAUAAGGUAUUAGCUAGGAAAUGGAAGAUAAAGUAACUAGUCCAGAGAAAGCAGAAGAAGCAAAAUUAAAAGCAAGGUAUCCUCAUCUGGGACAAAAGCCUGGAGGUUCAGAUUUCUUGAGGAAGCGACUACAGAAAGGACAAAAGUAUUUUGACUCUGGGGAUUACAACAUGGCUAAAGCAAAGAUGAAGAACAAGCAGCUUCCUACUGCAGCAGCUCCUGACAAAACAGAGGUCACUGGUGACCACAUUCCUACUCCGCAGGAUCUUCCACAGCGGAAACCAUCUCUUGUUGCUAGCAAGCUGGCUGGCUGAUUAAAAGAGCUGAACUGCAUGAAUCUCCUCAUUCCUGUUAUUUCUCUCAAACAUGUUACUUCUCAGCUUUUUUUUCUUUCAUACACUAAGUCAUUGAGACUGACAGCUUUGCAGGUAGCGGUAGUGUGUGCUGCUAUUGUUAAGGAAGUAAACUUAUGAAUAAACUGUAGUACUUUGGACUAGUUAAACAAUGCACUGAUGAAAAGGACACAUGUUAGAGCAAUGUAAAGUAAUCUACUUGAAAAUAAAUGUAUAUAUUGCCUAUUCCUUAGUGUAGGACUGGUUCCAGCAAGUAAUGAGCAAGUUUUACAGUUUCACUGUUUUGGCUUUCCUUAUUCCUCUUAAUUACAGCUUUAUAUGUUUGUGUUAUUUAAUAUAAUCUAUUGUGUUGGGGGUUUUUUCUGUAUUUUUCUGUUUGCUUUUGUAAAACAGAGGUUUAAGACCACAAGUUGUUAGAUCAUGUAUUUAAAAUGAAACACACACAAACAUACACACACACAAACACAAGAUGGGAUUCUGAAUGAUUUCUAUCUCUGCUCUUAAACUUGAAUGGCCUUAAACCUGUUUCAGCUUUAACAAUAGAAUUUUACUUGGGCAAUAUUUGCCCAUCCUAAUGUAACCUUUUGUGAAUUGUGUGCUUAUUAACAGAUGCCCGUUGAAGCUGGGGGUGGUUUUUUUGUUUGUUUUGUUUUGUUUUUCAGUUCAAUAGUGUUAGAAUACCUUUUUCUUUUGAAGAUGUGAAUGAAGUGUGCAUGUGCAUAGACUGUUGAAUUCACUUUUGUGCCAUUUUUGUAAAUAUAAUAGUUUUGCACAA